AUGGCCCUGAGCUCUCGUUCUUCUGAUAUGUCUUCUACCUUCUGGUCCCAGGAGCAGGGAUUUGGUGGUCUCACCUCAGUUCGGCAGCAAGCCAUCACUCCUACAUCUCAUUCUGUACAUGUCUUGCCUCUCUCUUUCAGUGAGCUGGGUAGUGGUGCUACAGCAGUUGUCCAGGCAGCGCUAUGCAAACCCAGACAAGAACGUGUAGCAAUAAAGAGGAUCAAUUUAGAAAAAUGCCAAACCAGUAUGGAUGAAUUACUUAAAGAAAUUCAAGCAAUGAGUCAGUGCAAUCAUCCCAAUGUGGUAACCUAUUACACGUCUUUUGUGGUGAAGGAUGAACUUUGGCUGGUUAUGAAGCUGUUAAGUGGAGGUUCAAUGCUAGAUAUAAUAAAGUACAUUGUCAACAGAGGAGAACAUAAAAAUGGUGUCCUUGAAGAACCCAUAAUAGCAACAAUUCUUAAAGAAGUUUUGGAGGGUUUAGAUUAUCUACACAGAAAUGGUCAAAUUCACAGAGAUUUGAAGGCUGGCAACAUUCUUCUUGGUGAAGAUGGCUCUGUACAAAUAGCAGAUUUUGGUGUUAGUGCAUUUUUAGCAACAGGAGGUGAUGUUACUCGUAACAAAGUAAGGAAGACAUUUGUUGGUACUCCAUGUUGGAUGGCCCCUGAAGUGAUGGAGCAGGUGCGAGGUUACGACUUCAAGGCUGAUAUGUGGAGUUUUGGGAUAACAGCCAUUGAGUUAGCAACAGGAGCAGCACCUUAUCACAAAUACCCUCCUAUGAAAGUGUUAAUGCUGACACUUCAAAAUGACCCUCCCACUUUAGAAACAGGUGUAGAGGACAAGGAAAUGAUGAAAAAGUAUGGCAAAUCCUUUAGAAAGCUGAUUUCAUUAUGCCUUCAAAAAGAUCCUUCCAAAAGGCCCACAGCAGCAGAACUUUUAAAAUGCAAAUUUUUCCAGAAAGCCAAGAACAGAGAAUACCUGAUUGAAAAGCUUCUCACUAGAACGCCUAAUAUAGCACAAAGAGCAAAAAAGGUCAGACGAGUACCAGGUUCCAGUGGACACCUUCAUAAAACAGAAGAUGGAGACUGGGAAUGGAGUGAUGAUGAAAUGGAUGAGAAGAGUGAGGAAGGCAAAGCUGCUGUUUCUCAGGAAAAGUCACGAAGAGUGAAAGAAGAGGAAAACACAGAGUCUCAACCUGCUGUUAGUGAUGAAUAUAGUGAUGUUCCAUGUGCAGUGAACCUUGUCUUAAGAUUAAGGAACUCCAGGAAAGAGCUUAAUGACAUACGGUUUGAGUUUACUCCAGGCAGAGACACAGCAGAUGGCGUUUCUCAGGAGCUGUUCUCUGCAGGACUGGUUGAUGGCCAUGAUGUAGUUAUAGUUGCUGCUAACUUACAGAAGAUAGUAGAUGAUCCAAAGACCUUGAAAACAUUGACUUUUAAAUUGGCCUCUGGCUGUGAUGGCACUGAGAUUCCUGAUGAAGUGAAACUGAUUGGGUUUGCUCAGUUGAGUGUCAGCUGA